UAUUUGAUUAGAUUUUUCGUUUCGCGUUGUUGUUGUAGCGGUGGUGGUUUAAAAAAGUUUUCCAGCAUAAAUCAUUAAAUACUAACAAUUUGGUAAAAUGAAGAUCGAAGAAGUAAAAAGCACUGCUAAAACUCAAAGAAUAUCAGCACAUAGCCAUAUAAAGGGACUUGGUUUAGAUGAAAAUGGUGUACCCAUUCAGAUGGCAGCCGGUCUCGUGGGCCAAGAAUCGGCAAGAGAGGCUGCUGGAAUAGUGGUUGAUAUGAUCAGGAGUAAAAAAAUGGCUGGACGAGCAUUACUGUUGGCUGGUCCACCAGGCACUGGUAAAACCGCUAUAGCGCUAGCUAUAGCACAGGAGCUAGGAAAUAAGGUACCAUUCUGUCCAAUGGUUGGAAGUGAAGUAUACAGCACAGAAAUUAAGAAGACAGAGGUUCUGAUGGAAAACUUCCGUAGAGCAAUAGGUCUGCGUAUCAGAGAAACUAAAGAAGUUUAUGAAGGCGAAGUUACUGAACUUACACCUGUUGAAACAGAAAACCCUGCUGGAGGUUAUGGUAAAACAGUGUCCCAUGUUAUAAUCGGUUUAAAAACCGCCAAAGGUACAAAACAGUUGAAACUGGAUCCCACUAUCUAUGAAUCGUUGCAAAAAGAAAAGGUUGAAGUGGGCGAUGUUAUCUAUAUAGAAGCAAACUCUGGGGCUGUGAAACGACAAGGCAGAAGUGAUACAUUCGCUACUGAAUUUGAUUUGGAAGCAGAGGAAUAUGUACCAUUGCCCAAAGGUGAUGUACACAAAAAGAAGGAAGUUGUACAAGAUGUGACCUUACAUGAUUUGGACUGUGCCAAUGCCAGGCCUCAAGGUGGACAUGACAUUAUGUCUAUGAUGGGACAGUUAAUGAAACCGAAAAAGACGGAAAUUACUGACAAGUUAAGAAAAGAAAUAAAUAAAGUAGUAAACAAAUAUAUAGACCAAGGAAUAGCAGAAUUAGUACCUGGAGUGUUAUUCAUUGAUGAGGUCCAUAUGUUAGAUAUAGAAACAUUCACCUAUCUACAUCGUGCGUUAGAAUCCGCGAUCGCACCUAUAGUUAUAUUCGCAACUAAUAGGGGGCGCUGUCAAAUAAGAGGAACUGAAGAUAUAAUCUCUCCACAUGGAAUACCAUUAGACCUUUUAGAUAGACUUCUAAUUAUUAGGACAUUACCAUACAAUAAAGCUGAAUUAUUGCAGAUAUUGAAACUUAGAGCAGCAACCGAAGGUAUAGCAAUUGACGAAGACGCUCUCGCUGCAUUAUCAGAAAUUGGUGCUAACAGCACGCUCAGGUACGCGGCCCAGUUGCUAACGCCGGCGGCUCUAUCGUCCCGCGCGGACGGCUCCACCCGCAUCACGCCCGCACACAUCGAGGGCGUGCACACGCUGUUCCUCGACGCCAAGUCCUCCGCACGUAUCCUCACACAACAUUCCGAUAAAUACAUGAAGUAAACCGCUAUAAGAAAUGUUAGGAUACUUUCACAGCGUGGAGUCUUUAGUGCACAGCUUUGCGAAGCCGACUUUGCAAGGUGAGACAAGUUGCCGUUGAAAAACAUCUAUUUUGUACUCUUUUUUUGUAUCUAAGGCAAUAAAAUACUUUAACUGAAAUAGCUUUAUGUUCGAAAGCUUUAUGCAUAAGUGCAGUUUUGUUUACAUUUAAGGAACUGUGAUUUAUUUUUAUGUCAUUUCAUUUUAUGUUAAUCCAAAUGUGUUAUGUUAGACGACAAUGAAACAGUUGUUUAAUAAAUAAGUUUAAUUAUAUAAAAAA